UAGACUAUAAAAAAUAUUUUUUGAUUUAUGGAGAAAACCAAUGCAUAACGAACAUAUAAACUCAGAACAAAACUGGAUUUGGGACGAAUCUAUUCAACAAAACAAUAAUUUAUUUAAUAAACAACAAAAAAUAAUUAAUAAUCAACAAUUAAAUUACGAAUUUUGGCAACAACAAAAUUCAUCACAAAUUAAAAUAACAAAAAAUGAUAAUUUAAAUUUAUAUAAUAGUAAUACAGGAAUACCUUCUCAAAUACAAAAUAAUCCCUCUCGUGAAUUAAUUGUUAUUAGACAACCAGAAGAACAACAUCGAGCACGUUAUGCAUCUGAAGGAAGUCGAGGAGCAGUUAAAGACCGUUCUGGAACAUCUUAUUGUUCUAUUCAGUUAAAUGGAUAUUAUCGCCCAACCCGCGUUGAAAUAUUCGCUGCGGAAAGAGAAUAUUCUUCAAAUGUUUCUAGUUUUGUACCACAUUCACAAUACAAAUUAGUUCCCGUAUUGGGAAAAUCAGCAACGGUUAUUUUUAUAGAAAUACUAAAAAACAUUUUUAUAUACAUAUAA